UGUGUUUUUUGACAAUAUUUUCAUAACGUGUCAAAGGAGGUGCGUGUUUAUCGAUGUUUAUUGUUAAAGAAAAGGCUUUUUGUAAUGUAUGUGAUAGAAAUACCGAAUUUAAGUGAACAAAUUGAACUACUUGAAUUUUUCAAGAUCCCUCAAGGUUGUCACGUGACUUGGUGUCCGAAAAUUCCGAUAGAGUGCGUAGUGAUUUCGUUAGUAAACAUGUCAGAAAUAUGUAAAUAGUGUGGUAUAUAGUUAACAGAAAUAUUUCGCAACCAUGUCUUCGUCAAGAAACGAUUUCCCUCUGGAAGCCCUAAAUAUACAUGGGCCAAACUUCCUUAAACAUGCUUUAACAAGUUGUACUGAUCCUCUCAAGGCUAUUGAAGAAUUUCAGGUAACAAAUGGUAUUCUUCUACCUUCAUUGCGUCCGAUGCUUCCAUUACUUGACUUACAUGGAGUGAGAAGAUUAGAUUUUCACAUGUCCGUUGUUGAGGAACUUCGAGAAAAACUUAUAACCCACAUCAACGAAAUCGGUAAACAAGAAGGUCGUGAAAGAGACAGAAAAUUAAGAGAGCUGCUAGUUAAAAGUUUCCCCGUUGUUAAAGUGAAAGCUCUGAGACCAAUAGUAAUGGCAAUUUUAAAAAACACCCCCCUAAUUGACGAUAAUUACUUAAAAGUAUUAGUAAGAGACCGAGAACUGUAUAAUGACACCGACACAGAAGUAAAGCGACAAAUUUGGAAAGACAACCAAUCGUUAUUCGGCGACGAAGUUUCACCAUUACUCAGUCAAUACAUCAGCGAAAAAGAAAACGUCUUAUUCGACCAUACGAACCUGAGCACGCAAUUCUUCGGACCUUCACCCAAAGUGAGAAGACAAGGCGAAGUAGUACAAAAAUUAGCCCACAUGAUAGGAAACAGCGUGAAACUGUACGACAUGGUUUUACAAUUCUUACGUACUCUAUUUCUUCGGACCCGUAACGUUCAUUACUGCACCCUGAGGGCUGAGUUGUUGAUGGCGUUACACGAUUUGGAAGUCCAGGACAUAAUUUCGAUAGAUCCGUGUCAUAAAUUUACGUGGUGCCUUGAUGCUUGUAUUCGAGAAAAGAAUGUGGAUAUUAAACGGUCGCGGGAGCUGCAGGGAUUUUUGGAUAACGUUAAAAGGGGCCAAGAACAAGUUUUAGGUGAUUUGUCGAUGACUUUAUGUGAUCCGUACGCUAUAAAUUUUUUGGCGACGUCGGCCAUAAAGAUUCUGCACCAUCUUAUAUACGUGGAGGGGAUGCCAAGAGAUAACACAAUUUUGAUUCUUCUUUUGCGAAUGCUGGCGUUGGGAUUAAGUGCGUGGGUUAUGAUCGACUCUCAGGACUUCAAGGAACCAAAAUUGGACAGCCAAGUUGUCACAAAAUUUCUCCCGGCUUUAAUGUCUUUGAUGGUGGAUGACCAAGUUCGACAAUUGUCUAGCAAGCUGCCCCCAGACGAAAGAGAAGCGGCAAUUACUGUUAUUGAACACUCAGGGCCCCUUCCAGACGCUGUGGAGGCCUACAUCCAAGAUAGUUCCGUAGCCAGUAUUUUAGCUAUGUAUUACACACUUAACGUAGCGCGGCUUAAAGACAGAGUAGGAUUAUUAAGAAUUUUGACGGUGUUGGCCAACUGUAAGGACGACAGGGCUUUUGAAGAUCCGUUUUUGCAUUCUCUUGUUGCUUUCCUUAUCCACAACCCCGACGAGUUUCAAGCGGAAGAUUUCUGUACGGCUCUUUUUGACGAGUUUUUUUUUGCUGGGUUGUCAAGAGAGAAUGUAACCAGGCAUUUGUUAAAAUUGCUCUGGUAUGUACAUUCCCGGUUGCCGGCCAGUCGUUUGCAUACGCUCAUGAAAGCGCUACAACCUACUCACCAACACAGCGAAAAGGUUCAUAGUUUAUAUGAAGUACUUCAAACGAAAAUAAAUUCGCAAGAAGAAACGACUGUACCCCUUGAAAUGGAUAUUGAUCUCAACUCACCCUUGAUGAGUGUGCCAACGCCUGCUCCAUACCACCAAACGUUAUAGAAUGAUUAAAUUUGUUAUAGUUUUUUUAGAAUAUUAUUUAUAAUUUCCUUUGUUUUUUAAUAAAGAGCUAUACUAUUUA